AGAAAAACCCUUAUUUCUGUUUCUUAUUUUAGCUUCGAGCUUAGUAUCAAUGGCGACUGCGAAAUCCACAAUAGAGCCUUGCUCCACUAAAGACACUUGUAACUCAUUGCUAGGUUACACGCUCUACACCGACCUCAAAGUCACAGAAGUCGCUUCUCUCUUCCAAGUAGACCCAGUCUCGAUGCUUCUCUCUAACUCCAUUGAUAUCUCUUACCCAGACGUCGAGAACCAUGUCCUUCCCGCUAAGCUCUUCCUCAAAAUCCCAAUCACUUGCUCCUGUGUCGACGGAAUUAGAAAAUCCCUUUCGACCCAUUACAAGACUCGUACUUCCGACACCUUAGGAUCGAUCGCUGACUCUGUUUACGGUGGUCUGGUCUCUCCGGAGCAGAUUCAGGUCGCGAAUUCGGAAACUGACCUUUCGGUUCUCGAUGUAGGUACAAGGCUUGUGAUUCCAUUGCCUUGCGCUUGCUUCAAUGGUACCGAUGAAUCUCUUCCGGCGCUUUAUCUAUCUUAUGUUGUGAGGGGAAUCGACACAAUGGCUGGAAUCGCAAAGAGAUUCUCGACCACUGUUACGGAUUUAACAAAUGUGAAUGCCAUGGGAGCUCCUGAUAUCAAUCCUGGUGAUAUCCUCGCUGUCCCAUUGCUAGCUUGUAGUUCAAAUUUUCCUAAAUACGCUACGGAUUACGGAUUGAUCAUUCCAAACGGAAGCUAUGCUCUCACUGCAGGCCACUGUGUACAAUGCAGCUGUGUUCUCGGAAGCCGCAGUAUGUAUUGUGAGCCUGCUUCUAUAUCAGUCUCUUGUUCCAGUAUGCGAUGUAGAAACAGCAACUACAUGCUCGGGAACAUCACUUCGCAGCAGAGUAGCUCGGGUUGUAAACUUACUACUUGUAGUUACAACGGUUUUGCUAGCGGCACUAUCUUGACCACGUUAUCCAUGUCUCUUCAACCUCGAUGCCCUGGACCGCAACAAUUAGCACCGCUUAUAGCCCCGCCUGAUACUGUUCCAAAGGAACUGAUGUAUCUACCUUCACCUUCACCUUCGCCCUCACCAGAGUUUGAUGAUAUUGUUGGUGGAGGAUCAUCUAUAGCCGCAGUCCCCGCGGCUUCACCCAGAGGACCUACGGUUUCUUCGAGCAGUUCAAUCCCGGGAAAUCCAGCAAAUGGUCCAGGCGGGAGUAUUUCUAUAGCUUCUUGCCCAUUGAGCUAUUACUCAUUCAUUGCGUUUCUCAUCUCCAUUGCUUCUUGCUUUUUUGUUUUCUUAGUUUGAAUGCAAGACAAUUUCAUUCUUGGCUUUUCUUUCUCUUUCUUUUUUAACUAUGAACACUACUUUGGUUUGUCAUUAUUAAAUUUGUAUCGAAACU